AUGGCAGAAUCAGAUUCUGAGAUAUUUCAUUCUGACAAUGACGACAAUGGUUUCCAUGGUGAUGUGGUGCAAGUUGAAGAAAAUACAAAAGAAACCCUUGACAAAAAGGAUGAGUAUGGUAGUGCUAAAGGAGAUAUAGAGGAAAACGAUGUUUCUAAAGAGGAUAUGUUGUUGCUAAGUGCUAGGAAUGGUGACAUGGAAGCUGUUCAACGACUGGUUAAACAGCAAAUUAAUGGAGAAAUAUCCUUGGAUCUUAAUUGUACAGGAAACAGCAAAGCCAAUAGAGGUUGGACUGCCCUCCAUUUAGCGACUUACUUUGGCCAUACUUGUGUGGUAAAACUAUUACUUGAGAAUGGUGCAGAUGUAAAUGUGGUGAACCCUAACGGUGACACUCCCCUGCACAAGGCAGCGUUUACUGGCAGAAUGGAAACACUGACAUUGCUGUUACAAUUCAAAGCUGAUGUUGGGAAGAUCAAUGAUGAGGGUCAGACACCGGAGAUGAUUGGUAAAACAAAGGAAAUCAAAGAUCUCCUUGAGGCUGCCUUGGGCCAUGAGAGUUUAAGACGUCAGACAGAGUUCCUGGCAGCUGCUCGGUCGGGUGAUGUGGAUGCUGUUCAGGAACUGCUGGCGAGUGACAGGCCUCCUAACAUCAAUACAACUGACCAGUAUGGUAACACUGCUCUUCACAUCGCUGCCCAAGCUGAUCAGAGGGACAUGGUCAUCUUCCUCCUGCAAAACAGUGUUGAUUCCUCCAUCAAAAAUUUAAAAGACCAAACAGCAAUAGACUUUGCAAGGACCAACCAGAUGAGGCAGUUACUUACAGGAGUCCGUCCAGUGAAGGAAUUCACCUUUCAGCCACAACGCUGUGAGGGUCUGCUGCUAAAGAAGUCACGUUUCCUUGGAUAUAAGCCUGUCUGGGUUGUUUUAGAGAGAGGCGUGUUGUCCUACUUUAGAAAUAGAGGUGAUGCAAGUACUGGUGUAAAAAGAAAAGGUAUGAAAUAUCUAGAUGAAGCAAAGAUUCUUGUGAGUACAGAGGAAAAAUUAGCACAGCACCCAGAAUUUCUGCUCCACUACUCCGAUGGCACAAAUCAUUGUUUUAGCACUGAGCAGGGAGAGGAGGCUUCCAUACUCAGACAGAAAUGGCUGAAUGCACUGAAGGAACACAUCAACUACAGCACUCAUUAUAUACACCAAGGAGAAGAUCAACCGGAGGGAGAAAUUGUCUCCCUUGGAUCUCUCAAAGACACAUUGAAAACGGCUCAAGCUCAUCAUCAACUACUAGAAAAGGAGUCAAACCAGUUGUCACUCCUACUGGGGUCCAUGGAGAAAGAUAAAACAGUCACUUUUACAGAAGGCGGUAUGGUUGACAUCCACCAGAAGGUGAAGAGAAUAUCUGAUUUAUCUCGUGACACAGCCUGCUUCUUGAAUCACUGCCUCACUUUGUUUGUUCAACAAGAAGAGGUACGUAGCCUUCAGCUGAAGGACGAGAUGGAAAAGUCUCGAGUCCUCCAGGAGGCGCUGCAUGCCCUGGCUACGGAACAUCACGAACUUGAACAGACUCUCUCCUUUACAGGACGUAAAUCCCCGGCACGUUACUAUGAUACAGACGAUGAUGAAUUUUACGACUGUGAUGAUGAUUCUCUAGGCAACAAUGAGAAAAACGAAAUUGCUGAGUCUGUGACUGGCAACUUUCUAGACGCCAUGUCGUUUGAAUCUGCGAAAUCUGGAUCUUAUUUUCCGACACAUAUAGAUGGUACAAAUGGAUGUGUCCAAUCUAGAUAUGGCAGGAGCCGGCUUCCUGUUCCGAUGUUUGACCGAAAUGACUUCAGUAUCUGGAGUAUACUUAAGCAGUGUAUAGGAAAGGAAUUGUCCAAGAUCACCAUGCCUGUUGUGUUCAAUGAGCCUCUAAGUUUUAUCCAGAGAAUAUCUGAGUACAUGGAAUAUACAUCUUUACUGGAAAAGGCCAGUCUAGCCUCUGACCCUGCAGAGAGGUUUGCUUAUGUGUCAGCAUUUGCAGUAUCAGCUAUUUCUUCCAACUGGGACAGGAUAGGCAAGCCUUUCAACCCACUGUUAGGGGAGACAUUCGAAUUAAACAGAUCUGACCUUGGAUUCCGAUUGGUCGGUGAACAAGUGAGUCACCAUCCACCUGUUAGUGCAUUCCUUGUGGAGUCAAAACAAUUUAAGAUCCACGGGUCCAUCCACCCGAAGCUGAAGUUCUGGGGCAAGUCAGUGGAGAUUAACCCUAAGGGAACGAUCACACUGGAGCUUACGAGACAUGGAGAGGUUUAUACAUGGUCAAAUGUCAACUGUUGUGUCCACAAUGUCAUCGUGGGCAAGAUUUGGAUAGAACACUAUGGCGUUAUGGAAAUUUUGUGUCAUAAGACGGGAUGGAAGAGUAUACUAAAUUUCAAACAGUCUGGGUGGUUUGGCAAAGAUCUACACAAAGUUGAGGGUUAUAUAUAUGACAAAAGCAAAGUGAAGAGGAAAGCUUUAUAUGGGAGUUGGGUGUAUGACCUCUUCAUGCUUGAUGCUGCUGCUUAUGACGAUUACAUGAAAAAUUCAGCAUCGACAACAUCACCCAGUCAUUCUGCCAAAUCCAAUGGUGCUAGUGGGAGUUCAGAUGUAAACGAUGACCUUUCAGCAAAACGCUUAUCAACGUACGACCUCCACAUUCCAGGCCAAGAGUGUAUAUGGACAAUACACCCACGACCAGAAAAAUCUCCUCAGUAUUUCAGUUUUACAUUGUUUGCCAUGGCCUUGAAUGAGUUGAACCCAGAUACAGCAGGACAGCUAGCACCAACAGACUCACGUUUUCGGCCAGAUAUUCGUCUUCUAGAGGAGGGGCAGAUUGAUGCUGCUGCGGCUGAAAAGAACCGGAUUGAAGAAAAACAACGAUCAGCACGGAAAGAGAGAAAACGAAAGAAGGAUGAAUGGAUACCAGUAUUUUUCAAGAUUGGAACAAACCCACACACAGGCAAAGAGGACUGGUUAUUUAAAGGCAACUAUUGGGAUCGAGACUGGUCCAAAUGCCCUGACAUCUUCUGACACUUGGCCAAUAUGAUAGAUCCAGCAAAUUGUGAUAUUACGUCAAUAUCAUGCCGUCACUGCCAAACUGCACGUGUUGUUGACAUUGGCGAAUCGAGGACAACGAUUCCAUAUGUUAUUGUUGAAAUAUUCCUAAUACAAAUAUGUAGAAACCAGUCCCAAGUUAAUAUAGAAUUUCAAGUGCUUCAAGAUUGUGAAUGGCUAGUGUGGAUGUCUCUGUGUUUAGAUUACUGUUAAUCUGCAGGCAGGUUAUUGAGAAAUUCUAGGUAACCCAACAUCCUAUGUAUUUGCUAUAGACAUUGUCUUUUUGAGUACACUCUUGUGAAUGGUUCAUUUUUGAAGUCACUUUAAUUUCUCUUGUUCUUCCUUGAGCAAAGUAAACUUCAAAGUUUGUCUAGAUUUAAGAUAAUGUAAUAUUUGUAUUCAUAACUUAAAACUAAACAAGGUUUCUAUUUACAUAAGAUUCUUAUAGAGUUCUCUUUUAGAAACAUAAUUGUUUCAAGUUUUCAAUCAUGAGUUCUGUUGAUUGGUCAGUUCCUUACUGUUGAAAUUGAUCAUUUCUGAAAAAUUUAUGGACUUUGCUAUGAAGAUAAUUUGAAUCAUCUUUUUGAAUUUCAUUGGGUACUUGGUCUAUAUAUCAAACUAACAAACUAAUAAAUUUAAUAAAUUGAUGAUAGCUUAAUGAUGUAUUCUUGUAGUUAUAAAAUUCUUGUCAUGUCUGAUGUAGAAAAAUUCUGCUAAUUUGAUUGGUUGAUGUUGUCAACCAGUCUAGUUAUAUUAAUCAGGGAUGUACAUAGUGUAUACUAAUGAGGUCAUGUGAUGACUUGAUGAUAUUACAUUGUAUAUACACUUUCUUUGGAUGUUUGUAGUCAUGUAAAUGAAGGCAAACUUUGACACAAGGUUGCCCUACUUAGUGGGAUAAAGAGAUAAUGACAUGUAUCUUGUUUCAGCAAUGAAAAUGAAAUUUAGCGUUUAUUUCACCUGUUUACAAGUUUAACAUACAUCAUAAGCUCAUUGGAGCUUUUGUUUCAGCAACGCUAACGGAUGAAAUGUUGCUUUGGAGGCUGGAGAACAUCCCAUAGGGUAGAACCAACAUGCUGUUGUUAGGUAAACAACUAUCCCAACAGACAUCAUCCCUCACUGCAGGUGUGUCUAGAACCUUUGUUACAAGAGUUAAUGGCCUGAAGGUAAUUGUCACACUUGAUUGCACACAUUACAACAGAACGUCAGUGCAUAAGUGAUCAGAACAUUUGAAGCAACCUUGGAUUUCAUAAUCAAGAGAUCAUUUUUCCCCAAAGUACUUCCUCCGGAAAAUUAUACAAGAAACCUGGCCCUUUAUAUUUUCUUUCAGUUUUUGAUAGUACAUGGACAUAAAUAUACAUUGUAUUACAUAACUGAGGCGUUUAUACUGCUUGUUCAUGUGGCUUGGUUUUGGUUUUGAUCAUAAUAUUCAUAAUGUACCCUAGCGUCUUUUGAAGGGGGAUAACUCUAUAAUUGUAAUUCUCAAUGUGGAGAAACAAUGAAUUUCAUAUUAUCUCAUAAAGUCUUAUACAUGUAUUCUCAUAAGACACCAAAAAGUUGAAUUUAUUUCAAUGCAAAAAUAUAGAAACCCUGUAAGUUAUUAAUUGUAUGUUAAUCUUGUGAAUAUUUGAAAUAGAAACUGUUAAUUUUGUUCCUAUGUUUGGACAGUUUGUUGAUGAAUCAUAUGACAUGUUGGAACGUCAAUCAUGAUAGAACUAAUGCAAUGGUACUAAGAAUAAUUUGUAUAUAAAUGUACCUGUUUUCUAGUCGCAAUGGUGAAAUUAAACAUCACGUUUCAUUCUGGUGUUAUCUAUACAUAUGUUGUGAUAUUUAAAUAAUUGUUCAAUCGUAUAGAAAAUGUCUUGUACAAGGGCUUUGGACACUAUGUAAAUGGUGGUUGGCUGUCUUUAAGUCUGUGUUCUAUGUAAGAUUUAUGACGCUGAUAACACAAGGGGAGAUAAGUAUGCUCAUUAACCUUCUUAUAUUGUUGUGACAUCGGUAGUCAAUGUCAUGUGAUAUGUCAUGUGAUGUCAUAUUGUCAUGUAAUGUCAUAAUGAAGACAAUUGUCUCGAUGUUCUGCUUCUUCGAUCGUUUUUUACAUUGUUGGUGUUCUCACUAAGAUUUCAAACAACUGGAUGGUUUUUAAGAAAUAGCUGAUCAAAUAUCAAAUUGUUGUAAAAAAAAAACCAACCAAUUCAAAGUUGAUGAAUAACAACCUUCUUUUUCCAACAGUCAGCAUUUAAUGAGAAUGCUGUGAUAAAAUGCUUGUUCAUCAGAAAAUUUUAAAGAUACAUGUUUAUUCAGGAUUUUUUAUAUUUUGUAAAUUGCUAGUUUCUGGCAAAAAAAGAAGUAUGUGAAUGUCCUGACUUUGAUUAUGUUUUCACAGCUCAUCAACAAUUUCAAGCAUGAUUGAGCUACAUUAUGCAAUGCUUACCUAUACCCAUCCUGGAUUCUCCAAAGGACAGUCACUACUGCUCUCUGCUCCCCUGGAACAUUUCAUGGCAACAUUGAAGGUUUCAUGUACAACACCAUAUCGCCAACACUAGCUCGAUCCUUUGAUGUACAUCAAAGAAAUCUUGAGGUGACAUAAGGAUAUGUUGUAAUGGCUUUGAAGUUGGAUGUCACUCCUUUGUAAUACUUACAGAGUGUAUCAGCCUUUGAAUUGUCCAGGUUUUUUUCCCCAGGAAUCUACCCUAGACCAAUCAAAUAACUUGGCUUUUGCUUUCAAUUUUGCCAUGAAAUGUUCCUAGGGUACAGAGAGCAAUAUAGUGUGCUUAACUCCUGGAGUUCAGAGAAUUGUUGUUACAAUAUAUGAUAUUUAUUAUAUCGCAAUUUUGUGUUUAUUUACAUAUAUGUCUUAAGUCAGAGUAUAUGCAUGUUAUGUGGUUGAGAGAAUAUUGUGUGACAAAGUGUUCGUGAAGUAUUAAAAUCCAUGACAACAGACUGUACAAAACUAGUUAAAUUUGUUUUUGUUCAUUAGCUUCCAAUUUACCAGUAAAAUGACUUCUAGAGUUGUGGUAUUGUCAUCAACUAGGAGUGAAACUACACAUGGAUGAUUUCGCUGACAGUGAUAUAAAUACAAAUGGUGAAAUCUCAACUCACAAGUUGCUGUAUACAAUUUCAUGUAAACGCAAGCAGAGAGAAGUCCCUUAACAUUUUUGAAUGUAGUUUAAAACAUGUCUUGUUUUUUUUAUCAUUGCUAUCAGCUCCUGUUUUUGAUCAUUAAAUCAAUUUUUAGAAAAAGAAGCCAAUUUUGUUUCUUUCUUAGAAUUGUUAAAAAAAAAUGAUGGUGUAGUGUUACAUACUUUAAUUAGCUUCUUUAUUUCUGAUCAUGAUAAUAAAAAUAUGUUUGUGGUGGUAGUUUGAAUAUUGUACAUGACAAGUUUACGUAUAAAUGAUUGACUUGUUUGAAUUAUUUACAAGUCAUUGUUACACUUUCAUUGUUACAGCUACUGUUAAGUUUUUGUUGUAAUGUUGGGCAUUUCCAGUUGUAGGACAAACCUGUUGUGAAGCUGAUGUUGGAUAUUACCAGUUGUCAAACUGAUGUUAGACAUUGCUGGUUGUCAAACUGAUGUUGUACAUUGCUGUUUGUCAAACUGAUGUUAGACAUUGCUGGUUGUCAAACUGAUGCUGUACAUUACUGGCUGUCAAACUGAUGUUGUACAUUGCUGGCUGUCAAACUUAUCUUAGACAUUGCUGGCUGUCAAACUGAUGUUAGACAUUGCCGGUUGUCAAACUGAUGUUGGACAUUGCCGGUUGUCAAACUGAUGUUGGACAUUGCCGGUUGUCAAACUGAUGUUGGGCAUUGCCUGUUGUCAAACUGAUGUUGGACAUUGCCUGUUGUCAAACUGAUGUUAGACAUUGCCGGUUGUCAAACUGAUGUUAGACAUUGCUGGUUGUCAAACUGAUGUUAGACAUUGCUGGUUGUCAAACUUAUGUUAGACAUUGCCAGUUGUCAAACUGAUGUUAGACAUUGCUGGUUGUCAAACUGAUGUUAGACUUAGCUAAUUAUUAAGCUGAUGUUGGAUAUUACUAAUGGUCAAACUGAUUUUUGACAUUUCCAGUUGUCAAACUAUGUUUGACAUUUCCUGUUGUCAAAUUGAUAUGGGUUGUCAAGCAAGUUUCAUUUUUUUGUAGAUCUAGCAUGUUAGAAUGGUGUUGCUAAUGUGUUCAUGUUGUACAGAUUCUUGUCAGUUAGCCUCUGUAUUUUACUGACCAUAUUUUUCCUGUUAUUUGUUCUGAGAUAAGCCCAUGCCUAGUGAUAAGCCCAUAUAUAUCAAAUGAGGUUUCAUUACAAGGUGAACCAUUUUAUUGUCAUUACCUUGAUACAAGCCCUUCCUCAUUUUUGUAACAGAGAUUAUGUGUACAGUGAUUGGCCUCAGUAAGCCUUGUCCAUACCACAGUAAGCCCGUGUCCAUACCACAGUAAGCCCUUGUCUAUACCACAGUAAGCCCUUGUCCAUACAACAGUAAGCCCUUGUCCAUACCACAGUAAGCCCUUGUCCAUACCACAGUAAGCCCUUGUCCAUACCACAGUAAGCCCUUGUCUAUACAUCAGUAAGCCCUUGUCUAUACAUCAGUAAGCCCUUGUCUAUACCACAGAAAGCCCUUGUCCAUACCACAGUAAGCCCUUGUCUAUACAUCAGUAAGCCCUUGUCUAUACAUCAGUAAGCCCUUGUCUAUACCACAGAAAGCCCUUUUCUAUACAGCAGUAAGCCCUUGUCUAUACAUCAGUAAGCCCUUGUCUAUACAUCAGUAAGCCCUUGUCUAUACAACAGAAAGCCCUUGUUUGGUCAUAAACCUAGUACCAGUUUAUAAUAUCAGGUAGUAUAAUUAACUCCAUGUGUUAUUGUAUGGCCUUGUAAUAAGUUCAACCCCUGACUUCGAAUCAAAGAUUACCCCUUGGGUAGACUUAAGGAUAAGCAAAUGCACCAUCUCUUAGAACUUGUGGUGACUAUAAAGACGGAAUGAAAUCGUGGCUUCUCGUGGUAAAAGAAAGUUCAGGGAAUACCAACUACUUUAUUCAACUGUCACAAUUCUCAGAUCUCUGAAACCACUAUUUAUUGUACUGACAUUUCAUUUGAUAAUUAUUAUGUCAUCUGGUUAUUUGUCUUGAGAAUGGUGCACAUGACUUGUAAACCAACUUUUGGGAGUCCUGAGACAAGUACUUUGUAAUAUCAGCGUGACACGUGUAGUACAUGCACAAACUAUUUAACUGUGUUUAGAAAUAUGAUGCAAAUUGACUAUGCAAUUGUACACGCAGAUGAAAUAGAUCGUAUAUUUCAUUGUAUAACCGCACUGAAUUAUUAAAAUCAUUUCAAUGUUAUAUAAUGUAUUUGAUAAUAAAGCAUAAUUUUAUAAAGAAAAAAAAUGAUGAAAAUGAUCAGAAAGAUUCAGCCUUUUGUGAUUGUUGAUCAAACUUUUGUGUUGUACAAUGCAUUGAAGUGAUAAAUAAUUUCAAAUGUGCACUUCCUGCUUUCCAAAAAUGUUGUAAGCAUAACACUAACUAGUGGUGUUGUGAAUUUGAAACAACAUGCGUCUUGAACAUCAAACAACACUAGAAUAAACUGGAGCCUGUUAAGAAGAAAUUUACCAUUCUUUGAAAUUGUAAAAAAAACAUCAAAAAAAUUUCCACCUUGAAAUGUACUUACAAUUUUAACUUGAUGAUGUAUUGUUGACAAGCAACAUGUUUUUUAUUCACGUAGAUUUAAGUGUAAAUGUUGUUGAAGUCCAUGAACAUUCUGUAAAUAGUGCGUACAUCUGGUACAAUGUCUGCUAAAAUCAAAUACAUGUACAUUCAUGUCAUAGCAAUUCACUAGAAUAACCUGAAAAUGUACAUUAUGCCACUUCCUGUGAACAUGUAUUAAACAUUGUUGUCCAUGUAUGUUAUGCCAUACCUCUGAAAAUAGAAAAUGAGAAGAAAAGAUGUCUCAAUAGAGAAAAUUAAGGCAUUUUAAGAUAUUUUUUUUGACAAAAAAUGUGCAAUACCAUUUCUCCUUGACAAUAUUUUUUAUGAAAGUUCCUGUCAAAAUAUUUAAUGUCACUUCCUGUCAACAGUUUGUAUGAUGUUACUUCUUGUCAAUUGGUGAAAAUUCUUGAUACGUCACUUCUUGUUGAGGGUUCAUAUGAUCAAUGCCACUUCUUGUGUCAGCUAUAUAAAAUCAUGUCAUUUACUGUCAAAACAUUUUGUUGAUGUCAUUUCCUGUCAACACUAUUAUGAUGUCACUUCCUGUUAACAUUUUGUUUGACAUAUACCUCCUGUUUCUUGAUGUCAUGUCGAGCAUGUAGACUUUUCACUCCUGUGUUUAGUACCUAAGUGUGCAGGAUGACCAUAAAUACACCCUCCCAGAAUUUAUGCACUGUUGACUAAAUGAAGAUAUCAACAAAGAUCAAA